AUGUAUAUUUGCUUGUCUGCAUCAUACAUUGUUCACUGCAAAGAGCGCGCCAACAGAGUAAGUAACGAUGAGGCAUCCAGUAAGGUAAAGGUACGCAUAAGAGAUGUGGAGGGGUCGUGGCAGCAGGAUUCGCUCGAGGCAAGGCACUCGCCCGGUUUUGAGAGUGAAGCAGACAGCAACGGCAUUCAAAUGCACCAAUCUCCCGUCAUUCUCAAGUUCGAUACAGAUGGCACGGCAGCAAUCCCUCGGCUUUUGGCAGUCAGUCCAGUGACUCCAGUCCCCUGGCCCGACUCGAUCCGAUCCACUGUUUUCUUUCAAUGGCUUUCGCCUAAAUUGUUGGCCACGCUUCCCAGACAGGGGUGCCCGCGGUCCUUGAAGCUAUCCGAGUCUUCUAACGGCAUGCGAUGCCGAGCCUGA